AGUGGCACAGCUUCUGCCUGACAAGCUUGAGGUCCUGAGUUCAAUUUCCGGUACUCCCCCACCAAAAAAAGAAUUAGGUGACAGAUGGGAACCUGCAUGUACAUCUGGCCCAUGUCCAGUGCCCAGAGAGAAGCUGCCAACUACCACCCUCCGACUCUUCCUCCCACCACCUGUUUGAGUCUGUCUCCUUUCUUGCUGACUCAUGGCCUCUUUUAGAGAAAGCUACCGAUGGCUCCCUGCAGAGCGAGGACUGGGCCCUCAACAUGGAGAUCUGUGACAUCAUCAACGAGACUGAAGAAGGUGGGAAGUCCACCUCCGCUGCUGCUGGACAUGGUGGCAAGAGAGAAACUCCUGCCCCAGCAUGGGAACAGACAACAAGGGCUGGGGGGCCAAAGGAUCCAGCUGCCUGCAGGUCCUGGAAACCUGUGUCAAGAACUGUGGACACCGCUUCCAUGUGCUGGUGGCCAGCCAGGACUUCGUGGAGGGUGUGCUGGUGCGGACCAUCCUGCCCAGGAACAACCCGCCCUCCGUUGUGCACGACAAGGUGCUGAGCCUCAUCCAGUCCUGGGCUGACGCCUUCCGCAGCUCACCCGACCUGACAGGUGUGGUGGCCGUCUAUGAGGACCUGAGGAGGAAGGGCCUGGAGUUCCCCAUGACAGACCUGGACAUGCUGUCACCCAUCCACACACCCCAGAGGACUGUGUUCACUUCGGAGACUCCACCAGGACAGAACUCUUUGGGCUCUGAAGCCAGACAGCAAGGAGAUCCGAGCCAGUGCCCUGCUCUCAUGCCUGCCUCCACCAUAUUGCCCAGUGACACGCCCAUCACGCCAACCCCUGAGCAGAUCGGGAAGUUGCGCAGCGAGCUGGAGCUGGUAAGCGGGAAUGUGCGCGUCAUGUCAGAGAUGCUGACAGAGCUGGUACCCACCCAGGUAGAGCCCGCUGACCUGGAACUCCUGCAGGAGCUGCACCGGACAUGCCGCGCCAUGCAGCAGCGGGUCCUGGAGCUAAUCCCACGCAUCUCCAACGAGCAGCUGACGGAGGAGCUGCUCAUGGUCAAUGACAACCUCAACAACGUCUUCCUGCGCCACGAGCGAUUUGAACGGUUCCGGACGGGCCAGACCACCAAGGCCCCCAGGGAGGUGGAUCCAGCAGCUGACCUGAUCAACAUGGGCUCCAACCCCAUGGCCACCGGCAGCCUGGAAUCCCAGCUGGCCAGAACAAACCUGGGCUCCAACAGCAUGCAGGCUGGGCUGCAAUCCUUGGAGGCUUCAGAGUGCCUGGAGGACGAGUUUGACAUGUUUGCGCUGACCCGAGGCAGCUCUCUAGCUGACCAACGGAAAGAGGUCAAAUAUGAAGCCCCCCAGGCAACAGAUGGACUGGCUGGGGCCCUGGAUGCACGGCAGCAAAGCACCGGAGCAAUCCCUGCUACCCAGGCCAGCCUCAUGGAGGACAUUGAGCAGUGGCUAUCCACGGACGUGGGAAACAAUGCAGAGGAGUCCACCGGGGGUGUCACCAGCGAAGGUAGUGACCAGUCUGUCUGCCCACCCCACCCCGGCCCUGGCCCCAGCCCACCACCGUCUUUCCCCUCAGAGUUCGACAAGUUCCUGGAAGAACGGGCCAGAGCUGCCGACCGGCUGCCCAGCCUUGCCAGCCCCUCGGUGCCAGGGCCCCCUGCAGGUGUGGCCCCAGGCAAGAAAGCCCAGGGGAAGGAAGAGGACUCGCUGUUUACCCUGUGAGCUGGCAGGCUGCUGAGGGGUUGGGCUGUGCAAGGAACUUGGGGGCCCACCACUCCUGCCUCCUCUCCAUCCCAACCCAAGACUGCUGAGAACUGGAGGCUUCUGGGGGCUACCCCCCCCCAGCCUGGUCCAAGGAAGCCACAUUUGAUACAAAGCUUCUCGUGGUGCCCCCAUGGCAGGAGGCCUCCAGGAUGCCAGGCUGCUCCUGCCACUGCCCUCACCCCUCUCCUAGGGGUUCCCGCUGCCCACCGAGCCUUGGAGGCAGAGUCUCUCAGACAUGGACAGGUGCCUUUUGUACCCUAAAUAAAAGUAGAAAGCCAUCCGCCAGCAGGGGUAGGCUGUGGCUGGUAAGGAAAGCCAA